UUCGCUAUCUUAUCAUUUAGACAGAGCAGUGAUGUAGAUUUAUUUAAUUAACAAGAGAGGUGUUUUAGUGUGCAAGUUCUUGUAUAAUUGAAGCUGUUGUAGCAAUGAAUCGAAUACUCGUUUUAAACGCUGGAUCGUCUUCAUUGAAGUAUGCUUUGUUAAAUGCUGCCGAAAACACCAUUAAAGCCGUUUGCGCUACUGGGAUUGUUGAAAAAAUCGGACAGAAAUCACAGAUUGUGAAACAUGCUUAUUCAAAGGAGGAAGGAGAGAUGGAAAAGUUACGGUUUGACGAGAACAACAUCGAGAACCACAAAAGCGCCCUAGAAUUUACCUUGUCUCUACUAUCCAAACAUUCCAACCCUAAAAGCAUCAAAACUGUGGGACAUCGAGUUGUGCACGGGGGUUUACACUUAACCGAAGCACAACUAGUAAACGAGAGCGUUAUUGAUGCUAUAAGAGACGCCAUACCGCUUGCACCGUUGCACAACCCUGCAAACUUGCUAGGAAUCGAAACCGCCAUGGAGAUCUUCCCGACGUCAGUCAAACACGUUGCUGCGUUCGACACGUCGUUUCACUCCAAUAUGCCGAAACAUGCGUUUUUGUAUGGAAUACCAAUUGAAUAUUUCGAAAAACACGGAAUUCGAAAGUUUGGAUUUCAUGGACUUAGCCAUGAAUUUGUGAUGAACCAAGCCGCGAGUUAUCUACGUAAACCAGCUGAUUCAUUGAAUUUGAUCACGUGUCAUAUUGGAGCUGGUUCCAGUCUUUGUUGCAUCAAGAAUGGGGUUUCUAUAGAUACCACGAUGGGUUUUACUCCUCUUGAAGGGCUUAUCAUGGCCACCCGUUGUGGCGAUAUCGACGCAGCUACUGUGUUUUACAUGAUGAAGCAUUUAAAAAUGUCUGCGGAGGAGAUCGAGACUAUGAUGGUUAAGAAGAGUGGUUGGCUAGGUUUGAGCGGACACCAGGACGCUCGGGAUAUGAAAUUAGCUAGUUUGAGGGGCGAGGAGCAGGCAGUGAUAGCUGAAAGAACAGUAGCGCAUAGAAUAAGAAAGUAUCUCGGUUCGUAUUACUGGAAUUUAGGUGGAAAGGUGGAUGCAGUAGUGUUCACUGCUGGUUUAGGUGAAAAUUAUGCCGAAUUAAGAGAACUGUGUUUUAAAAAUUCCGAAGAGUUUGGGUUCGAGAUUGAUCCUGCGGCUAAUAAGCACGCUCAUUUAGCUGGAGGUAUUGCGGAAAUAUCAAGUUCGAACUCGAAAAAGAAAAUUUUGGUCGUUCCAACAAAUGAGGAAUGGAAUAUUGCAGAAAAAGCUUUGAGGAUUGUGAACGAUCAAUAAAUUUGGUUCUGUUUUAAUCUCCCUCCUGUUAAAUUAAUAAAAAUGUAGACAUUAUAUACAUAAAAAUAAUACAUAUAAAAAAGGAAAGAAAUAUGGAGAAAUACAAUUUUAAAUUGUAAUGUACAAUUUUUUAUUUAAGUACAAUUUGCAUUUUUUUGUAGCUUUUUUAGUCAAAUGAAAUUCACACGCUAUAACAUUGAUGUGUUAUAUUUCUCGUUUACUGUAAAAUGUUGUUUAUAUGAAUAGUAAUUUAAUUGAAAGUCCAGUCACUGUA